GUGUUUCAUAGACUGAAUCUAAUCUCAUAGAUGUUAAUAUUCAAUCUAUGAGCCAAUUCCAUAACUUCACCCAAUUUUUUGAACGGAAAAGAACUGCAACGAAAAAGCCGUUCAGUUAUUUGCUGGUGCACACGCUCGUGUCUGCCUGUUCCCGCCAUUCCUCCUUCAAGCCCAUUAAGGAAGACGCUCAAAUGGAGGUGCAUCACCGGAAGCAAACUGCCAUAUGAUUUCUCUUGCUAGAUUAUAUUUGAAAGCGUUGAGGACAGGGCGGGAGGUUGAGCUCAGUACUGUGGUGUAUUGCGAGAAUGAAAGGGGAAGGUAGUGUCCAAGUUGAGCGCAUGGCCGCAGGGAAGUAUGUUGAUGGCGUGCGGUGGCUCCCUUCCGUCGCCGCAAUGGAGCGGAAUGUGGUAGUGGCGGGUUCCUCCUCGGGCGACUGCUUUUCGUCUUGCUGUAUUGAGUUGCAUUCUCUGAGUCCCACGGCGCCGUCCCUCAAUCUUGUGGCCUCCUGUGCCGUCCCCGUAAGGAUAUCCACCCUCAAGGUGGCGCCUUCCAUUAUUGCGGCUUCCUCUAGCUCGGGGCACCUCUUGUUUCUCACGCCAAACCCCCUGCUCACCGUUUCCAGUUCGCACUUGGGCGGCGGCAUCAGCGCCAUGGACUUGGAGGCUUCCACCCCUACCUUCCAGUGCGUUGCCGUGGGAGAAGACGGCAGAGUUAAUGUGGUGAGCUUGGUGGAGGGGCAGGCGGAGGCGCAUUGCAGGCAGAUUUUUGAUAAUCGGGGUUUGAUGUCGUACACGGCUGCCUGCUGGGCUUCUCCCACUGAGUUUGUUACGGCGGGUUUGGGGUUGGGAUUGCCACUUCACUGGUGGGACCUCAGAACCCCCUCCGCCACUGCUCCUGCGGUCUCCCUCAACUGGGCUGGCAACAAAACUGCUAGAGUCAUACACUCAAUUGACGUCCAUCCAUCAAGAAAGCAUCUUUGUGUGGUAGGUGGCUCCUCUGGUUUGGUAUUUGCAUGGGACCUUCGUUGGCAACAAGAACCUAUCCCACUUGUUGACACAGGAUCUUCUAGCAGAAAGAUUUCAGAGUUGCUUUCUGAAAGUGAGGUUUGGGAGGUAAAAUUUGAUCAUUAUACACAAUCUACUAGCUUCGGUGCAGCUUCUAGUAAGAUUCCACCUGUGAUGAUGUGCUCAGAGGAUGGGAUUUUAGCUGUUUUUGAAUCGGGUGAGGCGCCACUUGAAGUCCUCGCAGAGCCUUGUGCAAUUAAUACUUUUGAUAUCGAUCCGGAAAAUUCCAGUGAUGUAAUAUGUGGUUUGGAAUGGGAAACGAUUUUGUUUCUGAGGAGGUCAUAACUUUCUAUUCUAUCGUAUCAAUGUUUGGUAGCUGUUCUUGUUGUAUCAUGAAUGCAUGAGAGUGAAAGUAGCGAUUUAAUAUAGCCCCAGUGAUUGUUCUGGACAGCGGAAUACACUUCCAAGAUUGCUUACUUUUUAUAAGGGACUUUUUAAGUGUUUAUGAGAAAUUUUGUUUGGAUGCUAUGUUUAUUGUUCCCUCGAUUUAAAUGUUACAUCAGGUGAAACUCCGAAGUUUAUUAUCAUAGGAGCAAGCAAAUAAACAUUGGUUUAAUUGUAAAUGGAUGUUUUGAAUCAAUUUGAAGGGAAUAAUCCAGAUUCCUUUCAACACGGCAUAGGAAUUGAUAGUAUUAUGAAUAUGUUGUUGAACAAUGUCCGAUUAACGAA